AUGAAUCACUGCAAUGCUUUGACUAGUUUGAAGCCUGAUGCUGUUGCACUGAAGAAACUUCUUGUACUGCUGCGGGAUGGUCGAAAGCUGUUGGGGAUACUUCGGUCUUUUGAUCAAUUUGCCAAUGCUGUUCUUGAAGGUGCAUGUGAGCGAGUUAUAGUUGGUGACCUUUAUUGUGACCUCCCGUUAGGCCUCUAUGUAAUCCGUGGGGAGAACGUUGUCUUAAUUGGUGAGCUGGACUUGGAGAAGGAGGAACUUCCACAACAUAUGACUCGUGUUUCAGCCGCAGAGAUAAAAAGGGCACAAAAAGCAGAAAGGGAGGCUACAGAUCUUAAAGGUACAAUGAGGAAGAGGAUGGAGUUUCUUGAUUUGGACUGAUGUACAUUUUUAUGAUAUCCAGUCCUGCAUUUUGUAUCGGGCUUGCACCAUGUCUUCCACAAAUAUUAUCGCAGAUCGUGGCUGGAUGGUCAAUUUGCUUAUCUUUCUAUCUCACACACAAACAUAAGUCUGUAAUCGUUCGUAAAAUAGUUAUUUUACAAGAUUGAGAAGGGGAUGUUUCAGUUCUAUAAUUGGCGCUUCAGAGAGAGAGAGGGUACGCAGAAUUGGCAGCUGAUAUUUGAUUCGCUCUAUAUUCGUGGGAUUCAAAAUGGUUGGGUUUAUUUUCCCUUCAUUUGUUCUGGUAGGACUAAUGCUUCUCCAUCGUGGCAGAUUGUGUAGAGAAAAAUGAGAUGGGUUUUGGCAUUUUAUCCUUGUGAAACAACAUCUAAAUUAAUGUCUACUCGUUUGUAAGCUAGUAUUUGCAUGCUUGAAGGUUAUGGUCGAGUGCCUAUGGUUCCCGUUGUUCAGGAUCAUCUUAACAUGGGCUACAUACAUGUUGUCAGAUUCACUAGUUGCGAUACUUAGUCCUGCUUGUACCAAUUAGUUGAGAUUUGUUA